GGGCAACCGGGUCGAUCCAGCGACAAGACGGGAAGUGGAUGAACUUGCGCCAGUAAACAAGAUAUUUACAGUACGUAAUGGCCUGAUUUUGAAACCCAUCACCAAUAUCCAACAUGGGGAGGGAAAGGAAGUGCAUUCUCUGUCAGAUCGUAUACAGCUCCAAACAGGAGAUGGAUGAGCAUAUGAAGAGUAUGCUGCAUCAUCGUGAACUGGAGAACCUUAAGGGCCGGAGAGAGGAGGAGGCUGCAGCAAAGCGUGCCAAAGAGGAGGAGGUGCAGAGGAGAGAGGAAGAGGAGAGUAGGAAACGGCAGCAACAGAUCCAGCAGUGGAGUGACGCACGGCAGUACUUCUGCCAGAAGGGGGCGUUGUGGGACUGGAGAUACCUCAACAAAACCCCUCCAACACCACCACCACCACCACCACCUCGAAAAUGCAAAGGGUCUGCCUGGCAGGGGCAGGGGGGCUGGGAUUGCAGCUCGAACCCCGCUGGGGGUCGAGAUCCCUGGGAGACCCAGGAGGACAUCAGGUCUAACUGGCACGACAGGAAACAGGGCCGCAGUGCCACCUGGCAUGCCCAGGAAACACCCAACGUCUACAAGUGGAGCGCUGGACAGAGAGGCAGUGGCAGCCUGCACAGCAGGGAGGGAACCAAUAAGAAAUGGCAGCAGGAGGAGUAUCUCCAUCCCCCGGCACAGCAGCAGAGAGGAGGGAGGGGACCCUGGCAGCAGAACAGCAGAGGAGGAGGGACUACCAGUCUAUACGGCAGCAGCAGAGGGGGUAACGGACUUCCUGGUGUGCUCGCUGAGCCUGUCAUGACGGAAGGGCUGAGCAGCAUAGAGUCUCUUCACAGGAUGGACUUCACCAGCGACCAGCUGGAUCCAGUCGGUUCCUUCGACCAGCUACACCGAGACGCUCACUUUAAAGCGCAGGAUGACGGCAGGAAGGGUGGCCACCAGAUCCAGGAACGGCCAGCCGGUGGAGCAGAACAUGAUCGUAAAAGCGGCACGGGGCCCAAGGCGUUCGGUAGUAAUCCUAAACUAGACAAGACCUGUCGCUGGUCCCCUUAUCCGUCCCAUAAGGAGACUCACCCACACCCUCAUCCUCACCCCCACCCCCACCCUCACCCCUCAGAGAAGCACCCAAAGGGUCCUCCUCCUCCCCCAACCUUCCAGACCCCCCAGAUCCCUUCGGCCCAGGGCAGAGAUGUUGACCUGAGGCCCAGACGUGACAUAACGCUGGCCCUCCAACACUCCUCGGGUCUCCAGCCGACUCAGUCCAGACGGGACCUGCGAGCAGGACAGCAGAGAGCAGCACAGCAUCAGAGGUCCCCUGAUCACAGUGUCGAAGGGAGGGAACCCAGGAAGCAUAGAGACAUCUCUACAAGGAUGAGUAGUAGUGAUACCAGCAAUUGUCUGAGCUCCUCUAAGAGCAACAGUCUGAGGACAGACGGACAAACCACCUCCUCCUCCUCUUCCUCUGGGUCUACCUCCACCAGACGGAGGCCAGCUAAGCCAUCAGAGUGCCUUGAGAAAGGCCUGUCCUCCUCUUCUACUACCAGCCCCAAGACCCACCUCAGUAGGGCCUCCAGCCCCACCCUAACCCAAGGCCCCAAGACCCACCUCAGUAGGGCCUCCAGCCCCACCCUCAACCUAACCCAAGGCCCCAAGACCCACCUGGGUAGGGCCUCCAGCCCCACCCUAACCCAAGGCCCCAAGACCCACCUGGGUAGGGCCUCCAGCCCCACCCUAACCCAAGGCCCCAAGACCCACCUCAGUAGGGCCUCCAGCCCCACCCUCAACCUAACCCAAGGCCCCAAGACCCACCUCAGUAGGGCCUCCAGCCCCACCCUCAACCUAACCCAAGGCCCCAAGACCCACCUGGGUAGGGCCUCCAGCCCCACCCUCAACCUAACCCAAGGCCCCAAGACCCACCUGGGUAGGGCCUCCAGCCCCACCCUAACCCAAGGCCCCAAGACCCACCUCGGUAGGGCCUCCAGGCCCACCCUCAACCUAACCCAAGGCCCCAACACCCACCUCAGUAGGGCCUCCAGUCCCACCCUCAACCUAACCCAAGGCCCCAAGACCCACCUCAGUAGGGCCUCCAGCCCCACCCUCAACCUAACCCCCAGCCCCAGCCCCAAGACCCACCUCAGUAGGGCCUCCAGCCCCACCCUCAACCUAACCCCCAGCCCCAGCCCCAAGACCCACCUCAGUAGGGCCUCCAGCCCCACCCUCAACCUAACCCCCAGCCCCAGCCCCAAGACCCACCUCAGUAGGGCCUCCAGCCCUAGCCCCUCUACCACCCCCAGGACCCAGCUGAGCCGAGCCUCCAGCCAGGACUCGCUGACCGAGAUGCUGAGGAGAGCCAAGGAGACACUGCUUCACCACAGGACGGAGGGACAGAAGACGGAGUCCAACGACCAUAGAAUGGAGAAAAAGGAGAAGAAGAUGGUGCUACACAUCGAGGAACAACAGCAGCAGCAGGUGGAGAGCUCUGAAAGCGUUAAGGUUGGAGACGACAACAGACAGAAGAGAGGGAAGACGUCUAGACAGACCAGACAGGACAGAGCUAGCAGCAGAGCUAACCCAGCUGAGGACAGAGCUGCUGCUAAUGAGUCUUUGGAGACCGCGAUGGAGUGUGUGACAUCUCCCUCAGACAACCACCUGUCUGUUCAGUCUGUCCAGGUCAGCACUUCCACCAUGGAGUCCCCAGGGGGGAUUGUGCUCUCUCUCUCUCCCAGGGAGGAGGAGGAGGCGGCGGGGGAGAGGGAGGAGGCGAGGGGCAUGGUGGCUGGUGCUGGAGAGGAGGCCAUGGAAGUAGCAGACGCAGGGCUAUGGUCAGACAGUGACCCCUUGAGAACCAUCGACCCUAACCUUGACCUCCACACGACCUCUGACCCCUCCUCAGGCUCCACCCAGACCAAACCCACCCUACCCUUAGCCCUAAAGAGGGACCUCACCCGACACAUCGGCUCCAAGACCAAGAGCGGCAGCCACGAGCCCAAUCUGAACAUCGCCCGGCGGAUAAGGAAUGUGAGCGGGACGAGGCGAGGGGAGGCGGAGAAGGAUUCGGGGCUGAAGCCAACGUUAAGACAGCUCAUCAGCUCCUCGGGGUCACGUCGCUGUGUCAACUGGGACCAGGUGUACCAGGAAGUCCACAGGAAGAAGCAGCAGCAGGGGAAAGGCAUGCCCAGGUUCGGUAUAGAGAUGGUGUCCUGUGACCAGGAAGGGGAAGACAUUCCUCCGGCCGAGGGGUUUCAGUGGGAGACCCUCUUCGGCAUCGGAGCCUCUGGAACAGCCCUCGCCCCCGUGACUCCUCGCAAACGCAGCCUCUCGGAGAGUAGCGUGGCUCCGGACCGCUCGACCGCCAACCUCUCCUCUCUCUUCGGGGGUCAGACCCCUGGUCAGGCGAUGCCAGGAGAGAGAGCACCCGGAGAUGUGACGGCUGGAAGGGAAGUGAGACGCAGCUCAGAGCAGAAAAGCUCCUCGUUCUUCAGAGACCCCCAGCAGCCUAAGGUGGAGGGGACACAGUGCGAGGACAAAGCACAGAGAGAAGUCCAGGGGGCACUACCGGAGGGGCCACCAGGGGUCCAGCCGAGACCUGACUCCGUGAUGGGGGACAGCAGCUCGGGGACGGAGCAGACUGACACGCAGGGAGCCAGGAUGAAACGACGUGCAGCUGGGGAAAUUCCAUGCCCUGAAAUCCCUCAUUCAGAGAGGAAGACUAAAAGACUGAAGGUCAAGUCCAAGAAAGAGCGCCUGCAGGUGGACCAUCUCCUUGCUGUGUCUCUGAGAGAGGAGGAUCUGAGCCGGUCUCUACAAGGGGUCGACAACAGCCUGAUCCAGGCCAGGGCUGCUCUACAGGCUGCCUACAUGGAUGUCCAGCGCCUCCUAGUGGUCAAACAGCAGGUUUCCAUGGAGAUGAGUACUCUCAGAAGGAAGCGUAUUGAGCUGCUCCAAGGAAUACAAGGUGGUGUUGACAGCCAUUCCCUGCCCAGAGUGAAGAGCUGUGAAGAGGAGAUGCCUUUAGAGAUGUCCCCCUACCUGCUGUCGCCUCUAACAGAAGCCCCUGUCCCCAGUCCUAACCUGGUUCCCCUCUACCUCCCCCCCUGCUCCACGCCCCCCUCCCUGUCCCCGAGCCACCAGACCCACCCCCAGCCUGUCACACAGUCAGUAGUUAUCAAGCAGGAGCCCCUGUCACCUGGUAGGGUGACCGCGGAGGUUGCGGAGAGCGCAGUCACAGUCCACCAGCGAGUUCACCACGGUCCUCACAGCACCACGCCAGAGCCCACGCCCAUCCCUACAGCCCCUCACACAGAUUGUGCCCUCAGCUGCCAACCGGUCAGAGGGAGGAAGUCUGAGCAUCACAGAGCCAGCAGAGAGCUCUCUCAAGAGGACAGCAGCCUACCCGUAGGAGAAUGUGUAGAAUGGAAGGACCCCUCCGCAGGUUCACCAGGCCUGGUCCAGUCGGGAGAGAGGGGUGUCCAGGUUACCACAGAAGACAGGGGUAACUUCAAGCCCCACCCAGCCCCCCUGUCAGGCCCAUCCAGCCGCAAGAGCUCCAGAGCCGGGGUCCAGGACCUAGAAACAUCCCCCGUCCUUCCUCCGUCCCUCGCUCCGUCCAUCGCUCCGCCUCAGGCGGAGGUGAAGACCAUAAAGCGCGUGAGGAAGUUGAAGAAGAAGAGGGUGCUGAGGAAGGCCAAGGGGGAGGAGCAACAGCUUGACAACAGCGACACAGAACUGGAGGCGGAGACGACCUUCUCCCGACCCGUCAGACUCCUCGGCACCCGCAGGAAACCCGGCGGGGGAUUCCGGCCCCAGGUCACCACAUCCUCCUCCACAUCCACCUCCAGCCCGCCCGGAACAUCAGAGGACAGGGGAGAGCUUCCAGGACCACUAGGUUCUCCAGCCACUAGACCUGAUGAGAGGCAGGAGGACUCUGAUUCCUCUCUGGAGAUGGUCGUUCUCCCCCAGGCAGCUCCAGCUGAGGUGGUCACCAUUGACACCUCAGGUCCAGAGGAUGGAGACAUGGAUAUCUGCGUCGUUGCCUGUCCACGGCCACAGCCCACUGUCUCAAUCCCAGCCCCAGACACACUGAAGACAGAGCCCCAGAAGCUGGCCUGCAACGAGGUGACUUCCACCAGCGAGAUGGAUGGUAGCUCUGUAGUCAAGAGUGAAGUCCAGCUGCCCCCGACAUCUGUCAAGCUGUCCAAGACUUCCUCAGAUCUGUCUCUAGACGGGUCGUCGGAGCCCGGGGGGGAUGAUCUGCCGUCUGAGGGGAUGUUUGAGGGUCACCAGGAGACUGUUAAUGCCAUGCAGGUCCACAUGGGUCUCCUCUAUACCUGUUCUGGAGAUCGCACUGUUAGAGCCUUCAGCCUGGUGAGCCGCGAGUGUGUGGCUGUGUUUGAGGGCCACAGCACCAAGAUCAACUGUUUGCUGGUUUCUUCUGGACCAGGUCUACAACAUCGCCUUUACUCUGGCUCCAGUGACCAGACUAUACGCUGCUACAACCUCAGGUCCAGGGAGUGUGUGGAUCAGUUCUCUCUCCCAGACCGGGUUCUUUGCCUCCACAACCGCUGGAAAGUUCUGUACGCUGGCCUAGCUAACGGCUCCGUGGUCACCUUCAGCCUCAAGACCAAUAAGCAGCUGGAUGUGUUCGAGUGUCAUGGGCCGCGGGCGGUGAGUUGCCUAGCGACAGCCCAGGAAGGAGCUCGCCGCGUCCUAUUGGUCGGGUCCUACGACAGCACCAUUAGCAUCCGGGAUGCCAAGAGUGGCCUGUUGCUACGGACUCUAAAGGGACACACCAAGACAGUACUAUGUAUGAAGGUAGUCAAUGACCUGGUCUUCAGUGGCUCCAGCGACCAGUCGGUCCAUGCACACAAUAUACACACCGGAGAGUUGGUGCGUGUCUAUAAAGGACAUAGUCAUGCUGUCACAGUGGUGGACAUCCUGGGGAAGGUGAUGGUCACUGCCUGUCUUGACAAACUGGUCCGCGUCUACGAACUACAGUCACAUGAUCGUCUGCAGGUGUACGGUGGACACACAGACAUGGUGAUGUGUAUGACUGUCCACAAGAGUAUGAUCUACACUGGUUGCUAUGACGGCAGUGUGCAGGCGGUCAAACUGAACCUGAUCCAGAACUAUCACUGCCGGUGGCAUGGCUGUUCUCUGAUCUUUGGAGUGUUGGAGCACGUUCAGCAGCACCUGCUCCAAGACCACGCCUGUCCCAACACACAGAACCUCAAGUGUCGAUGGAAGGACUGCGAUGAGUAUUUCGCCGCUCGCAACGGCUCCAAGCAGGGGGCUCCAAAGCACAUGCUGCAACAUGUGGAGGAGGAGUGGUGUAAACCAGCCCAACCCUGAGGGAGUCUGGGGUGGACCAGCCCAACCCCGAGGGAGUCUGGGGUGGACCAGCCCAACCCCGAGGGAGUCUGGGGUGGACCAGCCCAACCCCGAGGGAGUCUGGGGUGGACCAGCCCAACCCCGAGGGAGUCUGGGGUGGACCAGCCCAACCCCGAGGGAGUCUGGGGUGGACCAGCCCAACCCCGAGGGAGUCUCACGCUCCUGACCCCCCCCCUCCCAUAUUGGGGCAACCCAGUCUAUAAGGUCACCUGGUUGAACCAGUCUGAAUGAUGAGCGUAUCGUUGAAACGGCGGGGUGGGGUGAUUCAGCUUGGUGCCAGGUGACUACUAGCCUGAAAACCAGACCUGUUUGGUGCUAACGUUCCACUUCUUGCCAAUGUUAGGCAUUGACGAGGAGUGGCAAUGAGUGGAAUGAUAGCACAAAACCGAGUGGUAUCCAGGCUAAGGUGACCAUCCAUACCAGAGAAUAAUGAUGAUGAAUCUGUGGUUUUGUUAUGAAAGGAGAGAUGUGUUCUAGUUAUUUUACCAACACAUCUCUUCCUCUCCAUGGUUCUCUCAUGAAUACAUGAACACUGCUUAAUGUCAGUUGCUUGAACCACUGACCAAAUAAGACAAAGGAACACAGGACUGACUGUUUGGAGGGACGUCGGGAUGCUCGUGUCUUGUUGUGUUUGGAGGGACGUCGGGAUGCUAGUGUCUUGUUGUGUUUGGAGGGACGUCGGGAUGCUCGUGUCUUGUUGUGUUUGGAG